GCAGAACCAGGAAGUCCCUCCCCUUCACAAACUCUCUUCUGAGGAAACGAAACUGACCUGAGUCUCUGUGUCGUCUGUCUGUGUGAGAGUGAACAACCGUCCAAAUGGCUCAACAGGGAGAUCUGCUGGACCAGGACCAGUUCUGUUGUUCUGUCUGUCUGGAUCUACUGAAGGAGCCGGUCACUACUAUCUGUGGACACAGUUACUGUAGGAGCUGUAUUGAGGGCUGCUGGGAUCAGGAUGAUCUGAAAGGGGUCUAUAGCUGUCCUCAGUGCAGAGAGACCUUCACUCCAAGGCCUAAUCUGAGGAAAAAUAACAUGUUGGCUGAGCUGGUGGAGAAACUGAGGAAGACAGGACUCCAGGCUGCUCCCCCUCCUGCUCUGUGCUAUGCUGGACCUGGAGAUGUGGCGUGUGAUUUCUGCACUGGGACCAGAAAGCAGAAAGCCCUCAUGUCCUGUCUGGUGUGUCUGGCAUCUUACUGUGAGACUCACCUCCAACCUCACUAUGAAUUUUCUGGUUUCAAGAAGCACAAGCUGGUCAAAGCCACGGCACAACUACAGGAGAAGAUCUGCUCUCAUCAUGACAAACUGCUGGAGGUUUACUGUCGUACCGAUCAGCAGUGUAUCUGUCUGCUGUGUACAAUGGAUGAACAUAAAGGCCAUGAUACAGUGUCAGCUGCAGCAGAGAGGACUGAGAAACAGAGGCAGCUGGGGAUGAGUCAGCAGAAGGUCCAGCAGAGAUUCCAGGAGAGAGAGAAGGAGCUGAAGGAGCUCCAACAGGCUGUGGAGUCUUUCAAGGUGAGUAUUGUUGACCAGAGGAGACACACCAUUUCACUUCUCUCCUCCAGUCAGAGAGAGAGAGAGAGAGAGGGGCCCCUAUCCAAUCCCACUGACCCCACUGUUGGGAACAGGCUGUCUGGACGCCUUUCAGAGAAUAGACUGGUUCAUGUAACCAACUGGGCUGCCUCAUCACAUAACCAUGAGUAACCAUGACGACUCAUGUCCCCUAUACAUUAAAAUGGAACUGUCUCUCUCUCAAUUGAAUUAAAUUCAUAGGGCUUUGUUGGCAUGGAAAUAUAUGUUUACAUUGCCAAAGCAAGUGAAAUAGACAAUAAACAAAAGUGAAAUAAACAAUCAGAAAUGAACAGUAAACAUUACACUUGGAAGGGAUUUGGGGGAUGGGGGAGGGUCUAUUAGAAGUUAGUAGGACUCUUUUAUUUUCUCAGAAGUACUGAGUUAGGUAGGAGGAUUUAGAGAGGUGUAAACCGUGAUUGAACACACUCCAGCACAGUAGGUGGCGCCAUGCACCUUUAACGUUGGUUUGAGGACCUCCAUUAUAUCAUAGAAGAAGAAGUUGGUCUGUGAGGGUUUUGUUGAUCCUGAGGAGGGCUACUAUUCUUUUCUCUUUUGGUUUUCAAGUAUUUUCAGAAUGUAUUAAAGCCAAAGCUAAAGCUUCCCUAAACAAUUCAAUAUAUCAGUCAAUAUAUUUUCUCUGUGAUUUAUUUUCUCUCCGUCAACCGUUCCAUCGCAUCUUAACCGUCUUACCGGGCGGGCACUAGGACCCGGGGGAGGCUGCUGCUGCAGAGGCUGCUGCACCGCUCGUGACUGUCAGUCCUCCUUGUAGCUCAUUGGUUAAGCUGUGGCUCGAGACUGUUAACAGUUAACGGACAGGAAACGGCUCUGACAGGACACAUUCAUGUCGAGGCAGUGAUGUGAAUGUGUGGUAAGUUAGAAUAGAGAGAGAGAGUUUUCACUACUAUAGACUUUGGUCAUAAUCAAAGCUUUGUUAACCAAUAGGUUUUUAUGUGAGGCUGCCUGUAAGUUACAGUGUAACAGACGUUACUAACGGUAACGGUGUCUUUUAAAUU